UAUAUCUUAUGCAGCAUCAAAAAGAAUAAAUCAGAAAGGAAACUUUAUGUAUACCUUUUGGUUCUGCGUCUACUUGUACAAUAGACAUGGCAGAACCUAUCUAACGUAAGCGGAAGGAAGGAAGGAAAGAACCAAUUACACCACCGAAAACGACAUGCGGUCUUGCUCCCAUAGGUUAAAAACCCUUGCGGACUCCAAAUUCACUUUUAACUGUAGUAAAAUACACUAGCUGGGAUCUGAAUUUCGUCUUGCGGUCGCCGUCGUCUGCCGAUUUAUUCUCCUAUUUUAAAUCGCUUCAUCAUAAAUGAAAUCACCCUAACACUCUACAUAGCUAACGCUACUCUCUUGGAGAACAAACUGUUUGUUGGAAGACAUGGCAAUGGCAAUGGAGGUAAAGGAGCUGGAAAAGGAAGAGACAGAGAAAGAGGACAAAGAGCUAGCAGAGGAUCUUUUGGCAACUGGAAAUGCGCUUCUUUCACCUCCGUCCUCUGUUGAACAACUUUUUCCUCUGCUGGAAAAACUUGAGAAUCUUUUAUUGGGAUUGAAGCAAUCGCCAGCCAUCUCUUUGCAAAUGGCAUUGAACCCUGCAAUGAAGGCAUUGACAACUAAAGAGUUUUUGAAUCAUUUACAUUUGGAUGUGAAAGUUUGUGUUGCAUCAUGCAUCAGUGAGAUUCUGAGAAUCACGGCACCAGAUGCUCCUUACAGUGAUGAACUUAUGAAGGACGUAUUUAAGCUGAUUGUAGCAGCAUUUGAUAAUAUAUGUGAUAUUUCAAGCCAUUUGUACAAGAGAAGAGUUUCCAUUCUCGAAACCUUCACAAAGGUCAGGUUGUGGGUUCUGAUGCUGGAUCUUGAAUGCGAUUUGUUGAUUUUGGAGAUGUUUGACAAUUUUCUAAGAAACAUAAGGGAAAACCAUCCUGAUGUUGUCUUUAUGUCUAUGGGAUUCAUUAUGAUCAUGGUCUUGGAGGAUAUUGAAGAGAUACCAUCAGAGCUUCUAUCCUCCCUUUUGGGAAGUGCAAGGAAGGGAAACCAGAAUGUUCUACCUAUUGCACGGAAGUUAGCUGAGAGAGUAAUUGAAAAUUGCGCUUUGAAGCUUGCACCAUACAUGCAUCAAGCAGUGCAAUUUGCAGGCUUUCCUUUGGACAAUUAUGGUAAAAUUGUUGCUUACAUAUGUGCACAAAAAUCUGAGACUGUGGAGCUUCGAAUUCUUGCUUCUCAAGAUAACAGUACUAAGAAGCAUCUGCCUAAGAAAAAGAGAGGUAGUUCUUCUGUAGACCAAUCUUCCAAGUUGGGACAUAUUGAUUCUCAACAUCAUAAAAAUAUCAUGGAAAUUUCUAAUCAAACAGUUCGGGAAAAUGGGUACAAGUUAUGUGCAAUGAAGCAGACUGGUAAAAUACUGCGAGGGAAUGACAGAAGGAAUUAUAGAACAAAUUUAAUUAGACAGUUUUCCUCUAAGAAAAUGUUUCAAUCAGCUAAAUGUAAUACACAGUCAGUCAAGAAAAACAAUGCCAUGGUGAGAACUCCAAUAAAGAAAUCCAUGAUGAAGGAUACUCCCAGGAAAAAAAGGAUAUGCGUAGCUCCAGAUAACAAUAAGAAUUUUGGUGAAGAUUUGUUCAGAUCCAGGAUCAGAGUCCCGUGUUCAAAUGAGCAGAUGCAAGAAAAGAAGAAACCAGAAAUCAAUCCUUGUUCCGUAGCUGGUAAAACAAUGAAAGAAGGUACUCCAAUAAGGGAAUUCGAUGCCGAGGUUCCAGAAUCUGGCAUUGACAGCCCCAGAAGUGUUGAAAACGUAUUUAAAUCAGAAAAUAAAACUCUAAAAGACAUGGGAAACACAGAACAGAACAGUGCUGUUGAAUCAAAGGAUGGAAGUGACCGAAGUUGUAGUGAAUCAAAAGAGUCCGCUGUCAAGGCUGCUAUAAAGAUGAAAGAUGACUCACUUGAGCCUAGAACCACAGAAAACAAAGAUCCACCCAAAAUGGCUUUGGAAGAGGGUAAAAAUGAAAAUGGGGUAAAAAACAAUGUGGCAACAAAUCUAAUGCUACUGAAAGAUUUGGUUCCUCCAAAGUUGAAGAAACCAAGGACACCCAGAAGAGUAAAAGAUCAACCAGAUUAUUCAGGGUCAAGAUGACCUGGAACAAGAAGAGCAAAACAGCAGCAGAAAGGUUGUGUACUUUAUGGAAUUAGCUGCUCUGGUUUUAGCCCCACACCAAAUUCUUCUCUCAUCGUCUUUGUUUUUUUAAUUGAUACCCUUCUUAGAAGGAUACAACCUAGAGUUGACUAAACUAUUACUUAUUUGAUUUAAUACUAUCUAAUAGGAUGGGUAAGCAUUUGGUGCUUUUCCUCUACCAAAGAUCCACUUGUAUUAUUUUGAGUACUGAUCAGGAGUUUCGAACUUGAAUCUAUUGACAGACCGUAUAUAUAAUUACUAUUAGAAUAUGUGUUGGUAUG